UAAAAACAAUUCGCUGUGACAGUCGUGAAGAAUUAAUGAAAAUGGAUGUGGAAAUUUCGAAUAAUUUCGAUAACGCAAGUAGUAAUGACGCGGAAAGUGCGAAUAUUAAAGUUAGAAUACCGAAACGGAUUUUACACUUUAGCGAUGGCACAUUAGAGGAAUACAGUGAUGACGAGAACAUUACGCCCCCGAACGAGACAACGACCGCCGCCAUUGUAGAUUCGAACGCGUCGUGGAGUUCUUGGUUGCUCUACAAAUCUUGGUCGGCGGGAGUUAUGGCCCUAGCAGCAUGCGAUUAUCUUGGAGAACAUCUGGCUUAUUUCUUUGGGAUCACUACGCCGAAGUACUGGGCCGAAAUUGAAGAAUCAAAAAGAAUAGAGGCGGAAAACAUUGAAAAACAAAAACAGGCGGAAGGCUGGUCGGAACCAAGUGGUGGUGCCGGUUCUGUACCUCUCGAUGAAAUAAAAACAAAUCAACCACUUUCAACUCAUGCCUAGAGCUGAAUCUAUGUUUAAUAAAAUUACAAUUAUUGUGUAACACUACAAGACAUUUCUUAGAAUUUAUUUUGUUUCAUUCCUAUUUUAUUUUUAUAUUUUUAUAUCUGAGAGUACUUACCUACAUCGAUGUUGAUCAUGUGUAACUUAUUGUUUAUCCAAUUAGGUAGGUACUUAGUCUUAUAAUAAAACUAACCUACUAUGGUUUAUUGCUUAA